AUGAAAAUCUUAUUAAAUAGAAUAAAUGACUCGAGGAAAUGAAUAAAAUUUUGCUGAACGCAAAAUAAUAGAGAACUUGCUAACAAACUACAAAAGGUAAAAAAGGCAUGAAUAAAUAAACUAAAAAGACUAUCUAACUAUGAAAAAAUCAGUGAAAGCAGAUUGAAAGAAUGUAUGCAAGAUCCAUAUGGAGCCUGAAACAAAAUAAAACGUCAGAUGAAUAAAAAUAGAAUCGCAUUAUCAUUAAACAAAGAAGAGAUUAAAGCUUGAGCAACAGAAUUUGAAAAUCAAUUUAAAAGUAAAAUAGAAUUCAUACCACAAAAGGGAUGCUCAAAAGAAGAACUAUGAGAUUUCCAAGAUAUCCAGAAAAUCAUUAAAAAAUUACCAAACAAAAAAGCUCCUGGACCAGACAAUAUAAGAAAUGAGAUAAUAAAGAAAGGUGGAGAUAUAAUGGCAGAAGCAAUUACACAUUUCCUUAAUAGUUGCAAAUUAAAUGGAAUCCCAGACAAAGCCAAUGAAGCAAAAACAAUCCUUAUAUACAAAGGAAAAGGUAAUCCGAAGGAACUUAAUAGCUAUAGACCCAUAACCUUAAUGAAUAAUUUUAUGAAGAUUCUUGACAAAGCAGAACUAAAAAGAAUUGAAAAUACGGUUAAUAUCUCAGAAAGACAACAUGGAUUCACAAAAGGAAAGUCAUGCAUGACUCAGAUUUUUCUCUUAAAAUCUACACUGGAAUAUCGUAAGUAUUACAGGAUUGGAAAAGGUAGAGACUCAUAUAUAUUAUUUGUUGAUUUCUCAAAAGCUUAUGACUCAGUUAAUAGAAUUAGACUAUUAGAGAAAAUUAAAGCAAAAAAUAUAAAAAAUGAUAGCUGAAAAAUAAUCUCACAAAUGCUAAAAGGUGAACAAACUACACUUGUCAUAAAUGGGAUUGAAACAGAAAAAAUAAACAUAACAAGAGGUGUGAGACAAGGAAGUGCAAUAUCACCAUUGUUAUUUAAUAUAUAUAUAGAUGAUAUAGAAAAGGAAAAUAAUGACAUCAAUAUAGAACUCCUCCCCAAUCACCAAUUAAAAUCAAAAAUCAAUUUUCAAUAUGCGGAUGAUACAGCUUUUGUAAUAGAAGAUUGAAAAGACAUUGAAAACAUUUUAAAUAAACUUGAUAAAUGAUCAAAAGAUAAUGAUAUGAACUUGAAUAUAGGACCGGAAAAAACAGCAAUAAUGCCAAUCAUAACAAAAAAUAGGAAAAAUAUUAUAAGUAAACUACCUAAAAUAUCAUACCAAAAUCAUGAAAUACCAGUUGUUGAAAAAUAUAAAUAUUUAGGCAAAAUAAUGAAUGGAAAUAUAAGAGGUACAGGAUUCGACCAAGCGCAUUAUAAAUACCUCAAAGAUAAAAGCAAAAUAUCUACUUGCUCUCUAAUCCCUAUGAUUAGAAGAAUGCUUAACAUCCCAAGUAAAACUCUUAUAAACUGCUUCAAAGCAAUAUUCUUACCAAGAUGCACAUAUGGUCUUGAAAUAUGCUCAAGAAUUAAAUGCAAAACUGCAAUUAAACAAAUUCAAAGAUCAUUCAAUAAGAUUAUAAGAGAAUGUUGCCAUGUUUAUGACAAAACACCUAUUGAACCCAUAUUACUUGAUUUAAAUAUUCCAACAAUACAACAAUAUAUUGACCAAAAAUCAUUGAUAUUUUUACAAAAAAUUUUUGAAUUAACACAUAUAUCUGAGAUUGCAACCCAUUUCCUAAGAAAUUUCGAUAAUACAAUUACACCGACAAUGAAAAUCUACCAAGAGUUGCUUCAAAAAUAUAAUUUUACAAAACCAUUCGAUUUUAAUAACAACAUGAUUAGCUGAAAUGACAAAAAUUGAAAAGGAAAUGUCAAAGAUAAACUCAAAAUCUAUUGAAGAAACGAAAACAUGAGCAUAAUAAAUAAAAAAGUAACAUUAAAGAUGUUUAAAGAAUUAAGGAAUCAAACUUUUACCACGAAUAAACUCCCAAAAUUCUGAAUACUGAAUAAAAACCUAAUUACUGAAACAAGAAUAAAGGCUGCUUGAAGAUAUGGUGCUGGUCCAUCUAAAGUAUUAGUUCUAUUGAGAAACAGAAAUAAUCAAGAUAACACUUCGAAUUUAUGUGAAUUAUGUAAAGUCAAGGAAACAGAUAAACAUAUUCUUAACGAAUGCAUAAAAUAUAAAAACGAAAGAAUCAAAUUUAUACAAAGAUUACAAGAUAUGAUAGGCAGAUAUAUUAACAAUACAAGCAUAUACAAUUGACUUAUUUCAGAUGUUACAGAAUUAAAAUUUUUAGAAGAAUUAGGUGAAGAAAAAUGAGAAAAGAUUGACUUUUUAACAAAGAUCACACUAAGAAGUAUUGAUGAUAAAUUGCGAACUAGCAGAGAAAACAGCAAACACAAGCAUUUCUUUGAAAUCCAAAAUAUUGAAGAUGACCUCAAAAAAGAAAACAUAUCUAUUCAUGAUUUAAAUUUUUGAAGACUCGUUAAAAGUAUAAGGCGUUUGAAAUAG